AUGCGCAGCCGUCCAGAGGAACGAAAAAAGGACCAGACCCCUGGACCAGGCCAGUACUACCCACAGCAUUCAGCGGAAGUGAAAUUUCCUUCAGCUCCUGCAUAUUCUCUAAGUGGGAGGCACAAGCUGGACAGUAAUAACGGCGUCCCAGGUCCAGGCACAUACAAGCUGCCCCCUAUCUUUGGGUCUAAAGCUGUAACCAGACCUUCAGCACACAGCUAUACAAUGGCCAGUCGCCAUGAAACUGGGAGCUUCUAUGGGGACCUGCAGAAGACCCCAAGCCCAGCUGUCUAUGGAGCUGUGGACCCAUACCUUUCGAGGCAGAAACCUCCACAGUACAGCAUGACAGGCAGAAAUCUUGCUCCUCUUGACUCCACAAAGACACCGGGUCCAGGAGCAUACUAUACUGAGCGUUCGUCUGAGUCAGAUUGA